UCAAGGUCACAAAAUGUUGUUGUUCGCAUGAUAAAAAAUGCCAGUCAUUCUAAUUCACUAUUUCAUAUUUAUCUUCAACCUGUUUGAUCUCUCGGAAUCAUUCUGCCGAGUGAAAGCACAUAGUGUGGAUUAAAUCAUUAUGGCCCCAUCCUACAAAUUGACAUAUUUUGAUCUCCCAGCUUUGGGUGAACCAAUCCGUUGGUUAUUCACUUAUGGAGGAAUAGAAUUCGAGGAUAAUCGUAUUACACAUGCAGAUUGGCCAGCUCUUAAACCAAACACACCGUUUGGACAAGUACCAGUAUUAGAACACAAUGGAAAGAAAAUUUGUCAAAGUGUCGCAAUCAGUAGAUACGUAGCUAAACUAGUUGGUCUUACAGGAAAAGAUGACUGGGAAAAUUUGGAAAUUGAUUCUAUAGUUGACACCUUUAAUGAUUUUAAAGAAAAGGGACUGAUCUGGGCUUUCCGUGAAAAGGAUGAAGCGAAAAAGCAAGCACUAAAAGACGAAUUCAUUAACACCCACAUGCCUUAUUACUUGGGACGUUUUGAAGAACAGAUUAAGAAAAACAAUGGUUACUUUGUAGGAGGACAUCUUACUUGGGCAGAUGUAUUCAUCGCGAGUUUAUCCGCUAUUUGGGCCAAAUUCAUGGCACUUGACAUAUACGCAAAUUAUCCCAACUUGAAGAAAAACAAGGAUCUUGUCAUGGCCAAUAAGAACAUCCAGGCUUAUCUUGCCAAACAUCCAUUAGCCUAAGAAUUUUAAAAUAAAUAUAUUAAUAAAUA